GUCUUUAAGUUUUCAUUCAUCGUCUUACACCCGUGGGGAUUAUUUCAGUAGCGUGAAACUUCCAUAAUAACUCAAAAUCAGUUCUCUUCUGCCUGCGCUCUUUCGCUUCCUGCGAAUCUUUCCGAGAAUCGAGUCACAGAGUAGAGCGAAAUCGGCGUAGAGAUACAAAAAUGCCAAAAGUAAAGACAAAUCGUGUUAAAUACCCAGAGGGCUGGGAAUUGAUUGAGCCUACACUCCGUGAACUUCAAGCAAAGAUGAGGGAAGCUGAGAAUGAUCCACAUGAUGGCAAAAGAAAAUGUGAGACAUUAUGGCCAAUAUUUAAGAUUGCACACCAGAAGAGCCGCUACAUAUUUGACCUCUACCAUCGGAGGAAGGAAAUUUCUAAAGAACUGUAUGAAUUCUGUUUAGAUCAAGGAUAUGCUGACCGCAAUCUAAUUGCAAAAUGGAAGAAGCCUGGUUAUGAACGUCUUUGCUGCCUGAGGUGCAUGCAGCCACGUGAUCACAAUUUUGCCACCACUUGUGUUUGCAGAGUUCCCAAGCAACUUAGGGAGGAGAAGGUCAUAGAGUGUGUUCACUGUGGGUGCAAGGGUUGUGCAAGUGGGGACUGAUUGAAUACCGAUUCUAGUUUUAGUUGCCAAUGGAGGGUUUCUUAGAAUUACUUUCUUUGUGCUUUUAGCUUUCUGUUGUCUGAAAUCCUCACCAUGGGACACCACUUCUCCUGGUUGUAUUACUGUCUACUAAAUGAGUGCUAUAUAUAUUGGGAAUAUUGGUUUCAUAUUAGUCAUCUGCCUAGUUCAAAAUCUGACUGGAGCUUUGUACCUUUACAUUGAUUAGCCUAAUAUGGUGUACUUUUGCUCGAUACUUCUCAGCUUAAACAUUGGGCUUAAAAUAAUCGAAGGUUAGUGUAAACUUUUAAUGCUGCUUUGGUUAA